CAAAUGGAUUGGCAGAAGCUACUUGAUCAAACGAAUUCGAUUCUUAGAAGAGAACUUACAGAGAUUAAGUCUCUCUUGAAGAUGAGCCUUAGGGUUGAUAAUUAUGAUAAAGAAACUAAGAAGGAUAUUAGAGAUCACAUGGUCAAUUUUGAGAAAAUAGAGUUUGAAUUUUUCAAGCUUUUUGAAUGCAAAUAAUAUUUAUGAGUAUGCAAUUCAAAAGUCUACAAGCAUGCAAGAGAAAUGUCAAGCAUUGUAUUCUGAGAACAGAAAUUUGAAGGAAGAGAUUGAAACCCUUAAAUCCAUAGUUAGCAAUCUAACUUCUUCAAAUGAUCAAAUUUCAACUCUAAAUCAAUCUCUCGAUAAAGCAAAGGAAGAACUAAAAUCAUCCCAAGCCAAUAACAGAAAACUAGUCGACCUCUUAGGCCAACUAGAAAAGAAGAACCAAAAACUCCGCGAAGAACAAGAACACCUCGAAGACGAAAACGACAUGCUCCAGUCCAAAAUCUCCGAUCUCAAGUCCAAAGUAGAACUCCUGAAGAAAAAGUUCGAAAAACGUGAACAAAAAGAGGGCAAAAUGAUGAAAGACCACAUAGACUUAGUCAAGAAACAUAUUGAGAUGGAAAAAGAACUAGCUGAUAUUAAUAAAGAUCUAGGAGGGUAUGACAGUCAGGAAGAGUCCAAAGAUGGGGAAGAGAGUUUAGAAGGAAUAGGGGGGAGUCAGUCUUCGGUUAGGAGUGAUAAUAGACAGGAAUGACAUCCAAGUGAGGAGGAUGAUAAGAGUUCGAAAAAUGAUAGUGUCAAAGGAGAUUUUAAGAAAUAUGAUAGUGAUGAUACGGAUAGUGAGUAUUAA